AUGGGAAAAGUUGAUCAAAGAGACUGCUACCCACACAUCAGAAUGGCUAUGCUGAGAAAGAAAGAAAAUGCCAAGAGCCACCACGCCGAAUUAGCCGCCACUACCGGCAUCCGAGGGAGGGGAAGCACGAGGAAGAUGGAUCAAUUUUGUCAUUCUAAAAACAUGGCCUAUGGAUCUCUGUCAUUCGGGGACGUGGCCAUCAGCUUCUCCCAGGGGGAGUGGGAGUGCCUGGACCCUGCUCAGAGGGCCUUGUACAGGGACGUGAUGUUGGAGACCUACAGCAACCUGGUCUCUCUGGGAAGUUCCAUUUCUAAGCCAGAUGUGAUUACCUUAUUGGAGCAAGAGAAAGAGCCCUGGGUGGUUGUGAGGAGAGAAACAAGCAGAUGGUAUCCAGAUUUGGAGUCAAAUUAUGGAGCUGAGAAGUUAUCUCCAGAAAAUGAUAUUCAUGAAAUAAAUUUGCCUAAACAGAUUUCUUCAUUGGCCUCUAAGAUGCCAUUUACAGGGGUUCAUCUUCUAAGUAGAAUGCAUUCCGGAUUCUGUACUGUAUUUGGUUGUUAG